CCGGAGGACGGUUUCACCUUACAAGUAGGUCGUAAAGGCCCGCUAAAGGGAUGUCAGGGAAUGUCUUAGGGAAUGUCUUUCUGGUUGGUGCGACGCGGAUGGUGAGUGCUAUUAGCAUAUCAUGGCACACGGUUGAGCCGUCUUCCAGCUGUCGUCAGUCAGGGGGGGUUGCCCCCCGUAAGCUAAGCUGGGCAAUGCUACCACUACUGGAUUCUUUCCCGGGAUGGUUGUGAGGGCCCGGCCUCCUCUGACAUAGGCUUCGCUUGAAUGUUCAUGAUAAGCAAUUUAGGGGGCGAAAAAAGAAAGGGCUCGAUGGGAUCUGGUAUCCCGACCCUGCCAUCGUCAGCGGGGAGAGGGUUGAAGAGAAGAGCGAGCGAGACGGAUCAGGUAGUACCAAAAGAGGCCGAGGACGCGAAGGCAGGAGUCACUGAGGAGAAGAAGAAAAAGGGAGGAGAGGGAGGAGGAGGAGGAGGAGGAGGAGUGGAGGGAAAGGUAGGAGGAAGACGCAGCUGUGCUGCUGGCAUUGCUUCUGCUUCUGCUCCUCGUGGUAUUGAGCAGAACAGCAGCCUCGUCUUGGAACGCCAAGGGAAGGUUGCCGAUGCCAGCAGAGCCGACGCUGAGCGAGCGGAGGCGGAGGUGGAGGUGAACGAGAGUACCUCCAUAGCUGCUUUAGCUUCAAGGAAUAAUAGAGACAAAGAUGAUGUAGUAAUGGGGCAAAUGGGGGGACAAGAUGUAGUGGGUAAGAGAGAAGAAGGGAGGGAGAAUACGGUGGUGGAAGGACGGGCAGAUCACGUGGAGGAGAAGCGGAAAGAGCAGCAGCAAGGGGAGAGAGAGAGCACAGUCGUGUCUAUGUCUAUGGACGAACGGCCCAAUCAAGAAGCAGAUCAAAAUGAUGAUGAUGGAUUACAACGGAAGACGUUGGUAGUAACUCGCCAUGGACAGACUCUAGAGUCUUGUCGCACAUUGGCUGGUUGUCGAACGACGAGGCACUGUUGUCCCGCCGUCGCACUGUUCCUCGGUGUCACUCUUGUCACGCUACAGUUGUCACGCAACAGGGAUCGGGAUCGUCGUCAUCUGAAGAAGGUUUCACCAAAGAUGAUGUCGAUGGUGGAUGAUGGGCAACAUGAAGGAGGAGGAAGAGGAGGGUGAUGGGUAUGAAGAAGAAGACGCUGAUGACAAAGAGGGCGGGAAGAUGAACGAGGGUAAAUGAGCGA